AUGGACGCCAUCGUCCACGAUGGCUCCGACCUGUCGGCGGACCAGAUUGCGACGCUGGUGGCCAUUGAGCGCACCGGGGCCAGCCUGUCGAUGAUUGCCAUCUCCAUGAUUGCGCUUUCGUACCUCGUCUACCCGAAGCUGCGAACGACGCCGAAUACGUUUCUCCUCUUUGCGUCCAUUGCCAACGCCGGCGCUAGCAUCGCAUCGAUGAUUGGCUAUGACGGGCUGCUGCAGGGCGACGACUCGUCGCUGUGCCAGGGCCAGGCUUUCAUAUUCGAAUGGUUCAUGCAAGCCGACCCGUGGUGGUCCUGCGCCAUGGCAUGCAAUGUGUUUCUCGUCUUCUUCUGCAACGUCAACCCGGCGACAUUUCCACGCUACAUUUGGGCCUAUUGCCUUCUGUGGUGCUGGAUCGGUCCAAACUGGAGCCUGGUGCGACUGUACGCGUACUACAUUCCGAUCUGGGUCUGUAUCUUUUUGUCGAUUGUUAUCUACAUCGCCGUUGGACACCACGUCUUUCAACAUCGAAACCGCUUGCGCGGGGCUGGGCAGCAGAGCCUGGACAAAAAUGGCCGCCUGCCGUCUCUGCAGAUCACCGAUGUCGAUGACUCGGUCGAAGAAAUUUGUCCAGAACGGAUCGACUGCUACGGAAUUGCCGUGACUGAAGUCCACGUCGAGUCGGACGUUUCGCCAUGCGACGACCGCGGACAGUUAAUCCUACAGCCUCCUACCCAUGUAGCCACCAUCUCAACGUCUUCCAAGAACAUGGUUGAGACGACGCAGACGAUGCACGCGAUGGAGCCAGUGAUGCGUGCCUCGGUGCUGGCCGCGCCACGAUGCAACAAGACGAGCUUGUCGAAACAUCUUGGCAAGUUGAGAAAGACGGCGAAGCUGCGUCUGCGACGGCUGGACCCGGUCAAGAUGGCCUAUCUCCGCACAAGCUUCAUAUUCGGGUUCGCGGUGCUCGUCACUUGGAUCCCCAGCUCCGUCAACAGGCUGUACAGCAUCGCCAACCAUGGCCACAUCAACUUUCAGCUGAGCGCCGUCAGCGGCACUGUGCUGCCCCUGCAAGGCGUGAUGAAUGCGCUCAUCUACUUUACCACGAGUUGGAAGACGGUGUCGCACAUCUUCAACGAGACGGCGGAAACAAUCUUUAGCCGGAAGAAGACGCGGGCAUGCGGUUGGACGAGUUGGAAUUGGAGCCACGUCGGCCGAGUUCUGCACGGCUGCACCGAGUCUAAAGACGAGCACCGAUGA